AUGGAUUGGCGCCCCAUCGCCCUACUGGGAAUCUUUUUCGUCCUUGGGACACCAGCGAGCAAGAACGCUUCGUCAAAUGUCGAGGAUUGGAUCAACGUAUGGAAGGAGGUGAGCCAAAAUGGCUUCGAAGCCCUCGAGCGGCUCCAGAAGUUGUCGACGAAAGCCGACAGCAUUAUGAGCCUCGGCGGGCCGAUUGGCGGGUUGAUAGCGAUUGGACUAAAAGCAGCUCUCCAGCCCGAAAGCCAGGAACUUCAGGCCAUCAAAGACCUUGCCAACCGCCUGGAGGCGAAGAUGGAACAGCUACUACGGCAUCAAAUGGAGGGUUUCCGCUACGCCAACUACCUGAAUGCCCGGCGCAGCUGGUUUACGGACGUGAAAGACAGACUAUCAAGAUUUGAAGCUCACUUUGAUGAUAUGAUCAAGCGCCCGGAACGGAUGUAUACCCAGCGCGAAUCCUUCAAGAAACGUUGCGAGGAGCUGGAUCACCAGUUCACGAUCCAACUAAUCGCGAAGCACUUCGUCAUAAACUGCAAGAUAAGCACCAAGGCCCAGGUCAACCGUGCCAAUGCGGCCGAAAAAGCCCUUAGGCAGAUCGAAAGCUCUCUGCCAGCGCCCAGCUUCACCGUGGCAGAGGAGCUCAAACAGGUCCGAGCACGGUACUUGAUUGGCAUCUCCCAUAGCGUGAAUCUGCUGGCUUAUCCGGAAAUCAGCCGACUUACGAAUGCACGCCCCAAGUCCGUAGAAGAGCUGAUGUCGAUGCUGCGAAACAUUACCGAUCCAGACGCUGGCUUGUGCCUCCCGGAAAACGUCUACCAGUUACAUUACGGCUCGAGAAAGGCCCUCGAAUUCCAAUAUCUGGAGCUUGAAGAGGCGCUACGCCACACGAUGCUAUACGCCAGUGUAUGCGGAAGUUUAUUACACGAAAAUGAUGAGGCUGAACGUGAACUUGAUCGCCAGAAAAUGGCUCAGAAGGUUUCCGCGCUUUGCAACCAUGCCGCGCGAUGGCUCAGAGCGAAGCAGGAAGAUGCUUGGCCCGCGGUGCCGGAAGCGUUCUUACGGACACAAUUCGAACACAACAAAAACUAUGAUCCCACCAUAGUUGCGGAUCUAGUCCAACAGGGCUACGAGGAUCGGGGCUUAAAAAGGCACGAGUACCACGUUUUUGUACGUCCACGGGCCGCCGUGGCGAUGAAGCUAUUGGAAACGAAAGAUUUGACUGCUCUGUUCCGGCACUCUCAAGACUCCCAAAGGGCUGAUAAGAUCUGGGAUCGCUAUCUAAAGGCCCUGAACCUCUUCGGCGAAUGCGGAUUCACGACCGGAAUCUUCUUCCGCGAAGAGUUGUGGUUUACUGAGGAUAAAGGAGUCGCCACCGGCAACUACACCAUCAAUGCCUGCGGCCCUGACAUUGCGUUGGCGACGUACAGGUGGACGUAUGAAUGGCGAGACUAUGAAUAUUUCUAUCGCGGCUUAAUGAUGCUCGUAUUA